AUGAUAUUUGGACUUCCUUUCGAUGGAUGGGCAUGGAAACUUGAGAGAUCUUACAAUCACAAUGUGUUUUCACCUGCCCAAGGACCUGCUCAAGGACAAAAUAUAUCCAUGGAAGGUCUCAUAGAGUAUAGGAAUAUUAAGAAAUUUAUAGUUGAUAACAAUAAUAAUGCCACUAAUGUUCUCAUUGACCACAAAUAUCCAAUUGCCUACACUCAUUGUGAUAAUACUUGGAUUGCCUAUGAAAGUGAAGAAUCUAUAACAGCCAAGAUUGCAAAAGUUAAAAUCAACUUGGCAAUGCUUGGUUACUUUGUUUCAAAUAUUGCAGCCCAUGAUGAUCAUGAUUCUCUAUCUAAAGCAGCAUCGAGGGAAUGGAGAAAAUCAUAUGGUUACUAUUGGUGGUAA